AUGCCCCAACCCUUUUCCAACCAGGUGCCAACCGCUCCCGAAACGCGCCCUGCCACUCUUGUCUCCCAAGACGAGGCGCAGGACGAAGGUUUGUGGAUGAAAGGGAUGAGAAAAUCAGGUCACAAGAAAGACUCCUCUAGUGUUCUUUCAACUCCACCCCAUCAUGGGCAUGGCAUUCCCUCCAAUAAACCGUUGGCCGCAGCUCCAUCGGGUGUUGCCCCUUCUCACAAAAUAUCCACGACUGGAAACUUCAAGGAAGCUCCUGCUCAGUUGGCAUCUGGUAUUCAUGAACUUGACAUUGGCAGUGGACAGAUCUAUAAACCCCAUACUAAUGCCAACCCUAAUCUGGGAGACUUGAGUCCUGGACAGUGCAGUGGGCCGUACGCCAACACGUCCACAUCUCCAUUAGGAAUUUGGGAUAUUAGUAAGGACGUGCCCGCAAGUUCUGUCCUUAAGAAGUGGAUUAAGGAGGAUUUACUAAAGUUUAGAAUUCACGAGGGUAUAGACGCAAACCACGGCCUUUCGCCGUUCAACGAGAAUGUUCGUGAAUGUCACACAGCAAAAACAGUAUCUAGUAAGAGAAAGUCUGAUGAUGGUAUCCAUGACUCUACCGAGAGCUACGGCGGCAUAAACGUUACAUUUGGUCUUCCUCCAUGGAUUGAAACUAAGUUCAGCGAGACAGGAGAAACGUCGGAAAAGAACAGCAAUCAGUACCAUUUUAGCGCACUAUUCGUCCAAGUUUCUAGCCUUUCUCCAACUCCACCCCGCAACGAUACGGAUUGCAAAGCUUUGCGGUCUGUCUCGUUGAGUGCUGUUGGUACCCCCACGGUGGCAGAAUCCCGCACUCUACCUCUUGCAGAGACCAAGGAUACUGCAGCAACUGGGGACACUGACAUCGACUCCCCCUGCUCCCGCAAGAUUCCUAGCGCCUCUGAACGGCCGGAGUCUUCAUUUGCGCUGCGGGAUGUAUCGGUGAUUCCUUGGACUGACUGUUACCCCGACGAUCCCGAUAAGGCUAGAGAACUUGCAACAAGUACCGGUGUUCCUGGACUCCAAAUCUAUUCUGUGGAUGUUUUUUACACAUGCUACUUCAGACACGCAAGUUCUCGGUGA